CCCCUAGAGCCGGCAGCGCAGGGCGCAGCUUCCCGCCGCCCGAGCGGGCCAGCCCGCUGCGUGCGUGCGUGUGUACGUCUCUGCGUGCGUGCGUGCGGGCGUGCGUGCGUGCCGUCAGCUCGCCGGGCACCGCGGCCUCGCCCUCGCCCUCCGCCCCUGCGCCUGCACCGCGUAGGCUGACCCCCCCGCUCCGCGCGCGCACCCUGUCGGCGACCCCUCCCGUGCCCCGACUGGCCCCCGCCUUUUUGUAAAACUAAAAGCGGGCGCAGCAUUAACGCUUCCCUCCCCGGUGACCUCUCAGAGGUCUCCCCGCCAAAGGUGCUCCGCCGCUGAGGAACAUGGCGAAGGUGGAGCAGGUCCUGAGCCUCGAGCCGCAGCACGAGCUCAAAUUCCGAGGUCCCUUUACCGAUGUUGUCACCACCAACCUAAAGCUUGGCAACCCGACAGACCGAAAUGUGUGUUUUAAGGUGAAGACCACAGCACCACGUAGGUAUUGUGUGAGGCCCAACAGCGGGAUCAUCGAUGCAGGGGCCUCAAUUAAUGUUUCUGUGAUGUUACAGCCUUUCGAUUAUGAUCCCAAUGAGAAAAGUAAACACAAGUUUAUGGUUCAGUCUAUGUUUGCUCCAACUGACACUUCAGAUAUGGAAGCAGUAUGGAAGGAGGCAAAACCGGAAGACCUUAUGGAUUCAAAACUUAGAUGUGUGUUUGAAUUGCCAGCAGAGAAUGAUAAACCACUUGAUGUAGAAAUAAAUAAAAUUAUAUCCACAACUGCAUCAAAGACAGAAACACCAACAGUGUCUAAGUCUCUGAGUUCUUUGGAUGACGCCGAAGUUAAGAAGGUUAUGGAAGAAUGUAAGAGGCUGCAAGGUGAAGUUCAGAGGCUACGGGAGGAGAACAAGCAGUUCAAGGAAGAAGAUGGACUGCGGAUGAGGAAGACAGUGCAGAGCAACAGCCCCAUUUCCGUGUUAACCCCAAUUGGGAAGGAAGAAGGCCUUAGCACCCGGCUCUUGGCUCUGGUGGUUUUAUUCUUUAUCGUUGGUGUAAUUAUUGGGAAGAUUGCCUUGUAGAGGUAGCAUGCACAGGAUGGUAAAUUGGAUUGAUGGAUCCACCAUAUCAUGGGAUUUAAAUUUAUCAUAACCAUGUGUAAAAAGAAAUUAAUGUAUGAUGACAUCUCACAGGUCUUGCCUUUAAAUUACCCCACCCUGCACACACAUACACAGAUACACACACACAAAUAUAAUAUAACGAUCUUUUAGAAAGUUAAAAAUGUAUAGUAAAUGAUUGGGGGGGAAGAAUGAUCUUUAUUAAUGACGAGGGAAACCAUGAGUAAUGCCACAAUGGCAUAGUGUAAACGUCAUCUUAAACAUUGGUAGGCCUUGGUACGUGAUGCUGGAUUACCUCUCUUAAAACAAGACACUCUUCCUCGCCUGUCGGUGCCGGCCCGUGGAGAGCUGGAGCCCAGCGUGGUGGGGAGUGCGGUCAGCUCCACACAGUAGUCCCCACGUGGCCCACUCCUGCCCCAGGCUGCUUUCCGUGUCUUCAGUUCUGUCCAAGCCAUCAGCUCCUUGGGACUGAUGAACAGAGUCAGAAGCCCAAAGGAAUUGCACUGUGGCAGCAUCAGACGUACCCAUCAUGAGUGAGAGGCGUGUGUUGACUGAUUGACCCAAUGCUUUGGAAAUAAAUGGCAAUGCUUUGUUCUCUUAAAGGGACCAAGCUAAAUUUUUAUUGGUUCAUGUAGUGAAGUUGUACUGUUAUUCCGAGAUGUUUAAUGCAUACUUAACUUAUUUAAUGUAUUUCAUCUCAUGUUUUCUUAUUGUCACAAGAGUACAGUUAAUGCUGCGUGCUGCCAAACUCUGGUGGGUGAACUGGUAUUGCUGCUGGAGGACUGUGGGCUCCUCUGUCUCUGGAGAGCCUGGUCAUGUGGAGGUGGGGUUUAUUGGAAUGUUGGAGAAGAGCUGCCAGGAAGUGUUUUUCUGGGUCAGUAAAUAACAACUGUCAUUGGGAGGGAAAUUCUCAGUAGUGACAGUCAACUCUAGGUUACCUUUUUAAAUGAAGAGUACUCAAGUCUUCUAGAUUGUUUUUAUACCACCUCUCAGUCGUUACUUAUACUUCCAGCACCCAGGUCCAAGUCUGAUCCUGACCUCCCCUUGGGGUCUUAGCUUCGAGUCAGGGCGAAUGGAUCAGGCUGCAGAGAGCUAGAAGCGAGGGCACCAGCAGUUGGGGGUGGGAGCAGUGGGAGAGAGCCUCUUCAGCGAAUCCAUCUAGUACCUAGUUGGGAGUUUGACUGUGAAUUAAUUUUAUGCCAUAAAAGACCAAUCCAGUUCUGUUUGACUAUGUAGUAUCUUGAAAACAAAAAUUAUAAUAAAGCCCCAAAAUUAAGAGUU